UGCCGAGUUUAUCAAGAGGAAAAAGGAACGAGGGUUAAAUUUUUCCUUCAUUUGCUGCAUUGGUUGGGCGUCUAACCCAUCGUAAUUCGUCAAAAUGUCGAACAAAAGGUUACAGCAAACGCAAGCCCAAGUAGAUGAGGUGGUAGAUAUCAUGAAAGUUAAUGUUGAUAAGGUGUUGGAAAGAGAUGCGAAGCUGUCAGAGCUAGAUUCACGGGCAGAUCAACUGCAAGCUGGAGCAUCACAGUUUGAGCACAGUGCUGCAAGACUGAAACGCAAGAUGUGGUGGCAGAAUUGCAAGAUGUGGAUCAUUCUCAUUGUGGUGAUCCUUGUGAUAAUUGCUGUCAUUGUCAUUUGGGUGGUGACAGACAACCAGAAAAAUAGUUCAAGUAGUGGUGAAAAAGCUACUGUGGCUUCUACCACAAAAGGAAAAUGACGUUAACAUACAAAAGGGCUCUGAGAUAUUCUUGUAAUAAAGGGAACAAGGGCUUUUUACAAGUAUAAGCUUAUUUUGUAGAAGCUGUACAUAAAAAGGAGUCUUCUGUGGUCAAUCUCAAUGUGUGCACUGGCAAGCACAACUCUAACAUAAAGUAAUUAU